AUGUCCCUGAACAUCAGCGACGACCCCGAACGCAAGGAGGAUGUGGCUGUGGUGCUGAGCUGUUACAAUGAGACGAGGGAGGAGUUGCAGCACAGCAUCAGCACGUUGGACUCGGUAGAGUCCGGGUCGUCGGCUCGGCUGAUGAUUUUCGUGGACGGGCUUCAGCACGUUGACCAAGACGAGAUAUUGGACUGGUUUCACAGGGCCAGACAGGAAGCAGAUGUCGAAAAUCAAGAGAAGCACAAGCACGACGAGGUCCAGACCAUGGAGGACCUAGAGAUCUUGGCAUCGCUUACCUCCAUCCUCCCCUUAAGCAAGGCUGAGCUGGCUCAUGGCUGCGUGUGCGUCCGCGGCAUGAAGGAGGCACCAGUCCCUUAUCCGUUCGAGAUCUAUGUGAAGGGAAAGGAUUGUCCGCGAUCCAAGCGGGCCUCUCAGGCUUUGUGCAUGUCCAUCCUCCAGGCCAGCCACAAUGCCGGACGAGCCAACCCCAAAGCUCUCCUCCUGCUGGAUGGCGAUUGUCGCGUGGAGCCGACCCAUGUGGGAAAGAUGUACCGGUGCCUGCAAGAUCAGCACUUGGCAGCCUGCGGCCCUUUUCUCCUUACGAAGAAGACUCACAACUUCUGCCUCUUGGUGCAGCUGAUGAGGGACUGGUUCUCGCAGCGGAUGCUGUGGCUCGGCCAGAGCGCCGUUCGCUUCCAACUCCCGCUAAACGGCUCCUGCGCCAUGUAUGCCAUGGAGACGGUGCGAGCUGUUCAAACGGACUUCUGCCGCGGAGUUUACGAGCACUCGAUUCUCGAUUCAAUGAUGAUUGAAAUGGGAGAGGACAGCUUCAUGACAAAUCUAGUCCAUGAGAAGUACCAGAAUGGUGGCGGAAUUCGGUUCCUGCCCCACUGUUGGGCCACGUCCUUCAUGCCAGAAACAUGGAAUGAGUACCUGGCGCAACAGUGCCGGUGGAAGCGCUCGCACAUGGGAAAUCGUCUGACCAUGCUUUUCCACAAACCCAAUGCCUGGCUUUGUCAGCCGACUCGCUGGGUGUUUUGGCCCAUCUAUGUCGCCUCCUUCCUUUGGACGCCCUUCCUGGCCCCGGCGACGCUGACGUUGUGGUUCUCUUUUCUGACCGGCCGCUUUCUCGAACGCUUCUUCCAGCUAGAGAUGGACUGCUAUCCCUUCUCUUGGAGCUUUCUUGUGUCCGCAGGCCACCAGAGCAUUCCGGCCUGUAUCCACUUCCUCUUGUGGCUCGUGCUGAUUCUCUACGCCUUUGCCUCGGCCGGAUGCUCUGUUUGCCAGCGCCGGUGGCUCCACACUGCAGGCACAAGCUUCUUCAUGCUGCUGGGAGCCUUGCAGAUGGCAGUGCUUCUUGUGGGCUACGGCGCUUGGAAGAAUCCCUUCUUCUGGGCCUCGACCCUCGGCGUCUGCGUACUGAUGAUGGCAGCACAGGCGCCCCACGGCACGCGACGAAUGUGGGCAGGACUGCUGAUAUUCGUCGUGCCUCUUACCACCUUCAUCGAGAAUCUGCAGCAACCGAUUGUGGCUGUGGCCAAUGCCGACGGAUUGGGAGCCAAGUGGGGAACACGUGGAAAGGCCGCCAAAAGCCAGCGAGGGCGGUGCUGCUGCAUCGUCCAGAAAGCGGAGCCUGAGACAGGCGACGAGUGCCAGAGGCAGUGCGCAAGAGAGAUUCGCCUGUGGAGUCGCCGUGCCUUGCUGCCUCUGUGGCUGGUGGUGAACUAUGGGCUUGGUGAAUGGGUGUUUCAGAUGGACUGCGUAGAUGCCGUGGCAAUCGCUGUGUCGCUGAUGAUGGCGGGCUUCAUGCUCUUCCAUCUUUGCCUCGGACUGGGCUAUAGCUGUUGGCUGGCCAUAUUUCUGCGCCGGCAUACAGUGCAGGGCACUGCAGUGAUGCCAUGA